AUGAAGCACUUCUUGCGACGAUUUCUACAAUUUACAGGCACACGUAAAAGUAGUUUGCCUAUUGCUCUCAGUGAAAUGGAUGAAGCAUUAGGACAAUAUAUGACAUCACUACCAUCUCCUCUUUGUGUCUAUUUGUCUCCGCAACAUUUACUUCGUCUGGUGCCAAAUCAACCUCGAACCGCGGUUGCUAUUUGGCAUGAGGCGAUUCAAGCUGGAAUGUUACCACAAAGUAUUUCGUUUGGUACUUUUAGAGAAGCCUUAAUGCGUCUUUCCCCUUUGUUUCUCUUAGUUACCUUAACUGAGUCAAAUGAAAAUCAACAAGAAACAAUUAUAAGUUGGCAACCUUGGGUCUCACAGAUAUGGCGCACAAAUUUUGAUCUUAACAAGAUUGACCAUAGUGGUAAGGGGAAUGUAAAACCCAAAAAAAUGGUUGGGGAGUUGUAUCCAAAUGCGUUAGAGGUGCAAAUCUUUAAUAUUAUACCCAAAUACUUUGUGUCAACACAUCUUGUUCAAGAACGUUUGCGUUUCCUACGGGACCGUUCCACUUGUACUUCAACUGUCUUGGAGUGGCAUCAACUCACAAGUCCACCUCUUGCAUCUCUUCUUAAGUGGUCAGAUGAUUACAGUAUUGUACGGUUAUCUAAAAAUGUUUCUUUCACUGUACCAGCAGAUGAUUAUUAUAGUUUAAAGAGUGACCCAGAUAUAUUUCAUCAAUCAUUAAAUGCCUUGGCAUUAUUAUUGCCGACAUUUAUGGUUUCUGAGAAGUAUGUGCAAACUGUGUAUAGGGAAGUUUUUAUUAAUGAACAGGGUGUAUACCACUCGGUAUUUGGAACUCUAUUUAUCUCACGUUUUCCAGAUGCCCGUGCAUUAUUACAUCACCCGGAUUUACAAUUUGCAAUUCAACGCAAUGAGACUGGUAGUGUCAUGUUGCACACUAAAUUUCUUCAUACUGGUCGUGGAGUAUCGAACAAAUUCUAUGAGUUACGUCCAUCUACUACUAAGAAUAGUAUGACUACUAUCUAUGAUGUACGACAGGAACAACGACACCGUUAUGAUUAUAAUUAUAAUCAUAAUUAUGUACGAAAUGUUCUUAACACCUCAUUACCGUAUAUUCCACAAACUGGUGAUGAAGUGAUACUUGACUAUAUUCGGGGAGAACGUCUCCUAGGCCUGCAAUGUACGGCAGAUAUCAAUAAUGAUCACUUCAGUCUCACUCUUGCAACAGUUCAUGGUGAUGUUUUCUGCUUUAAGAGUACUAUUUCUUCUCUUCACCACUUGAUAGAGACUAAUAUUCCUCACAGUGGACUUCCCGUAGAGGUAUACGAGGCUCUUACCUCUGCGCAGGUAGUUAAGAUUGUUGCUGUUGACUCUUCAAAUGUAGAAGAAUGUAAGUCUGUAGAAAAGUCUGUUACAGAACUUAUUUGCUCCUGUUUAAAUCUGAAUAUUAAGACAGUCUGCAACCUCUGGAAGUUGGCUCUUUUUACUGGAUUUCCACUCCAAUUGCCACCAUCUGUAUCACUUUCGUUUUAUCGUCAUAUUCUUCUAUUGCGUCUUGGCGUAACAACAAUAACGAGAACAACAACGGUGGAAUCAGAAGAAGUAGGUGUAUUAAUACCAAUUGCGUUACAGAUUGCGAUGUGCGCUGUGCGUUUGUGUGGACUUUGUGGAAUAGAGAAUUCCCAAUUGGACGCUGAUACAUUACAUCGUUUGAUUUUAGAUGAGAAUGAAGAGAUGUGGUUAAUACGAAAUGUGGAAUUACGCAUUAGACGCUAUGGCGCAAUAUCUCAUCAGGGUGCGUCUCUCAAGUCCCUUCAACUACAACUGCAAUAUCUCUCCUUACUUUAUGGACCGGAGGUAAUAAAUAUUUCUAACGAGAGAACAGACCUUUCCCCUGUUACGUUACUCACUUCCCCAUCAUCACAGGAUCUUGUCAAGAACACAGUCCAAGCAUCCGAUGAGAGCGAACAAACUACAAAAGAAGGGGAGAAUAAAGAUCAAUCAGAAGAAGAAGAAGAAGAAGUAGAAAUCACAAAACUAGAAGAAAAAGAGGAAGAUGAAAGUUACUUUACAGCACUAUGCGCUGAAACGGACGUACUAUCUACAGAGAAUAAGAAGAAUGGAGAAAAAAUAACAAAGGGGAAGAUAUUGAAAUCAGAAGAAGAAACAACACCUCAGGUUUCCAAGAAUAAGAAUAAUGACCAAAAACAUAAAGAGGAAAUUGACAAUAAUAAUAAUAAAGAAGAGGAAGAGGAAGAAGUGUACAAUGCUAUGUUUGCCACUGAGAGUGAUAUUGAACCCAAUAUAGGAGUCGAAAAAGUUACGCCUGUCACUAGUACAACCUUAUCAACGAUACGUAGUUCACAAAAGAAUUUUAUUGACUCGGAGGACCAAAUUGAUGCCAAUUCCAAGAGCGAAUCACUAAAUUUUUUCUUGUCCCCACCGAGUACUAAUCCUAAUCGUAAAGAAAGCGUUAGAGGAGGGAACAGCCACCAGUACAAGAAGAAUCGUCUCCCACCGGCAUAUUCCAUUGGAAAGAUGUCAUUCUCAGGGAAACGCAGUUCCAGUGUUUCACCCAAAAGACCAUCUCAUUUUUCAUCCUCUUUAAGGGUGGAAGAAGUAAGAAAAAUGACGCCAAUGGAGAAGUCAAUGGAACAUCACCUGGGAGCUGUGGAGAAAGAAAGAGAUUUGAUGGGGCGUCUGGCACAAGAGAUCAUUUGGGAAACUCAGCAACCGUCAACAGGACGAAUCCGAGAAGGUCGUACUGGCAAUGGUGCCCUGAACGCUAAAACGAUGGAAUUAAUGCGUGAACUGCUUCAAUUGAAAUCAUCACAUAAUUAA